GUGAUCUGCAGUGAAAGCAGGGAGCAGCUGGAGGAACAGUUAGAAAGAUGGAGGCAUGCACUGGAAAGAAGAGGAAUGAAGAUUAGCCGAAGUAAAACAGAAUAUAUGUGCAUGAAUGAGAGGGGUGGUGGGGGAAGAAUGAGGCUACAGGGAGAAGAGAUGGCAAGGGUAGAGGACUUUAAAUACUUGGGGUCAACCGUCCAGAGCAAUGGUGAGUGUGGUCAGGAAGUGAAGAAACGGGUCCAAGCAGGUUGGAACGGGUGGAGGAAGGUGUCAGGUGUGUUAUGUGACAGAAGAGUCUCUGCUAGGAUGAAGGGCAAAGUUUAUAAAACAGUGGUGAGGCCAGCCAUGAUGUAUGGAUUAGAGACAGUGGCACUGAAGAGAAAACAGGAAGCAGAGAUGGAGGUGGCGGAAAUGAAGAUGUUGAGGUUCGCUCUCGGAGUGACCAGGUUGGAUAAAAUUAGAAAUGAGCUCAUCAGAGGGACAGCCAAGGUUCGAUGUUUUGGAGACAAAGUUAGAGAGAGCAGACUUCAAUGGUUUGGACACGUCCAGAGGAGAGAGAGUGAGUAUAUUGGUAGAAGGAUGAUGAGGAUGGAGCUGCCAGGCAAGAGAGCUAGAGGAAGACCAAAGAGAAGGUUGAUGGAUGUCGUGAGGGAAGACAUGAUGGCAGUUGGUGUUCGAGAGGAGGAUGCAGGAGAUAGGCUCUCAUGGAAAAGGAUGACGCGCUGUGGAUGUACUUCCUGUGGCUUCCUGCGGCUUCUGAGGAAGAUCGGCCUGCUGAGGCAAUUCUACACAGCGGUCAUCGAAUCAGUCCAGAUUUUCAACCCUGCCCUGGUGGACCCCGCCCCGGACACGAUCGUUCACAAGGCAAAGGUGUUUGGGGCUCUCCAGUGGCAGGUGGAGAGGAGGGUGGCCGAGGCUGGGCAGAAGACUGAGGUCCCCGCAGGUUGUCCUGCAGGUAUGCUGUUCGUCCCCCAGGAGCAGAGGGCUGAGGUUCUGCAAUGGGGCCACAGUUCGAGGAUUGCCUGUUACCCGGGAGUCAACCGCGCUCUGUUUUUGCCGUCUUCCCUGGUGACGGCUAACCUGCUCAUUGCCCAUGUGUUUCGUCUUCAUGGUAUUCCCUCGGAUAUGGUCUCUGACAGGGGGCCCCAGUUUGUGUCUGGAGUAUGGAAGGCUUUCUGCAAGACGAUGGGACCUUCUGUCAGUCUGUCGUCCGGGUACCAUCCCCAGACCGACCAGGCGAACCGGGACCUGGAAAUGGGUCUGUCACCAGCAUCCCUCAUCUUGGUCCUUCCACCUCCCUUGGGUGGAAUAUGCCCACAAUACUCUCGUCAGCUCUGCUACAGGCUGCUCUCGGGUGGAACCCUGGGCCUGUUCCCGCCCCUCGAUUGA